AUGGCUUCACCAGUAUUGAACUUCCGCUGCGCCCUUGUCACCGGCGGCGGUGGAGGCAUUGGCAAAGCGCUCUUCUCCUACCUGAUCUCGAAGGGCAAAAAAGUCAUAAUCGCCGGGCGUACCGAAUCCAAGCUCAAGGAAACCGCUCAGGAAAUCGGGGCAACAGCCUACUACGUACUGGAUACCGGUCGAGUCGACCAAUUCCCCUCGUUCAUCGCGCAGAUCACUUCCGAGCACCCGGAUCUAGAUUGUUUGAUCAACAACGCGGGUGUGCAGCGGCCGCUGAAACUCUUGGAGGAGGAGCCGGAAGAUGUUCUCGGGCGAGCAGAUCAGGAGAUCGAUAUCAAUAUCCGCGGGCCUAUGCAUCUCACGCUGGGGUUGCUGAAGCAUUUCAAGAGCAAGCCUGACGGCGCGCUCAUAGUAAAUGUCUCGUCCGUGCUGGGCUUUGUGCCCUUUGCGGUAAUUAAUCCCGUGUAUGGAGGAACAAAAGCAUGGCUGCAUUUUUGGAGCAUGAACUUUCGGACUCAGCUGUCUAAAGGCGGAUACGAGAAGAUACGGGUGGUUGAAAUUGUGCCGCCUUCGGUAGCAACGGACCUCCACCGAGAAAGAGAUGAUCCUGAUGACAAUAAGAAGGACAAGAAUCCUAGUGUGUUGUCGGUAGAAGAGUUCAUGGAGGAAGUGAGUGUGAAGCUGGAGCAUGGUGAUAAAGUCAUUGCACCGGGCAUGAGUGAUGAUAUCGUACGGCGGUGGUAUGAGCAGUAUGGCGAAUUCUACGAAGAGAAGACGGCUUAA